AUGUUCUCAGAAGAGAUCAAGUUUUAUGAACUGGGUGCAGAAGCUAUGGAGAAAUUUCGCGAAGAUGAGGGUUUUAUCAAAGAGGAAGAGCGGCCUUUACCUGAGAAGGAGUUUCAGCGUCAGGUUUGGCUCUUGUUUGAGCACCCUGAGAGCUCCAGCACCGCCAGAGGGAUCGCCAUCGUCUCUGUGAUGGUCAUUCUCAUUUCAAUAGUUAUAUUUUGUUUGGAAACAUUACCACAGCUCAAAGAGGAUCCAAGGGGACGGAUGGAGACUGUGGGGAACAUUACUGUAUAUUACAAGCCAAAUAUUCUCACAGAUCCCUUCUUCAUCAUUGAGACACUCUGUAUUAUCUGGUUCUCUUUUGAGUUGAUAGUGCGCUUCCUGGCAUGUCCAAGCAAGCCUGCCUUCUUCAAGAACAUGAUGAAUACGAUUGACAUAGUGGCCAUCAUCCCCUACUUCAUUACACUGGGCACUGAGUUGGCCGAAGACCCUGAAACCGAGGGCGUUGGGGAGCAGGCUACGUCUCUGGCCAUACUCAGAGUCAUCCGUCUGGUCAGAGUGUUUAGGAUCUUCAAAUUGUCUCGGCACUCAAAAGGUCUGCAAAUUUUGGGCCAGACUCUCAAGGCCAGUAUGAGAGAGCUGGGAUUGCUGAUCUUUUUUCUGUUCAUUGGAGUUAUCUUGUUCUCCAGUGCUGUGUACUUUGCUGAGGCAGAGGAGGAAGGGUCCAUGUUUGGCAGUAUACCAGAUGCCUUUUGGUGGGCUGUUGUGUCUAUGACAACUGUGGGCUAUGGGGACAUGGUCCCUGUCACUAUAGGAGGCAAGAUUGUAGGUUCUUUGUGCGCCAUAGCUGGAGUGUUGACAAUUGCUCUACCAGUCCCUGUCAUUGUGUCUAACUUCAACUACUUCUACCACAGAGAAACAGAGGGAGAAGAGCAGGCUCAGUUACUCAAAGUCAGCAACCCCAACAUCCCUUCAGAGUCUAAUUCAAGUCGCCGUAGUUCAUCCACUGUCAGCAAAUCUGAAUACAUGGAGAUUGAUGGAGACAUUAAUAAUAGCAUUGACAACUUUAGGGAGGCAAAUCUAAGAACUGGUAAUUGCACUAUAGCUAACCAAAACUGUGUGAAUAAAAUCAAGCUGCUUACUGAUGUUUAG